CGCUGUCGACUAGUUCUUCUGCGUCCAAUCAUCUUUCUCCUCCUCUUUUCUAAGUCCCCUCAAAUAGCAGAGAAAAAUUACAAAAUAAAGAAGAAGAAGAAGAAGAAGAGCUCUGCAUUUCUUAGGAUCUCACCUGAUGCGUAAUAAGAAACUUUAUUUGUGAUUGACGAUAUGGAACGCUUCGUGGACAAUCCGAGUCGAUCCGGUAAACUGCUAGUUGUUUCGAGUAAUCUACCUGUAGAGGCUGAUCAGAAGGAUGGAAGCCGCAGAUGGGGGAAUCUGGCUGGAUUCGAUGCUAAUAAGAAUGCAUCCACUUAUGCUAGCCUUUUCUCAAGCUCGCUGCCGCUUCUUCCGCAUGAUGCUUCCACCAGCAUGAAAAAGCUUGAUCACGACACGGAGGGAAGGGACUGCAUGUAUGAUGUUUACAUCCGACAGGUAGGGAACUCUUUGCCUGAUGAUGAAGAAGAUCUCCUAGCCGGCAUCAUGGAUGGUCUUGAACCUAUCACAUUGCCGAGGAAAGCGGAGGAGUUGGAUGAGUACGAUGUUUUCGGCAGUGGAGGGGGCAUGGAGUUGGACUCCGAUCCUAUAGAAGGCAUAACUGCUGGUAUGACGAAGGCGAGUAUCGCAGAUUGCUAUGCAGGGAAUGGGGCCAAUCAGCACAAUUUUCCAAACGGCGUAGGAACCGUGGCCGGGGAACAUCCAUACGGGGAGCAUCCUUCUAGAACCUUGUUUGUUAGGAAUAUCAAUAGUAAUGUCGAAGACUCGGAGUUGCGUGAUCUGUUUCAGGAAUAUGGGGACAUCCGGACUCUUUACACUGCCACCAAACAUAGAGGAUUUGUAAUGAUCUCUUACUAUGAUAUUCGAUCUGCUCGAAAUGCUAUGCGUGCGCUACAAAAUAAGCCUUUAAGGAGGAAAAAGCUUGAUAUUCAUUUUUCAAUCCCCAAGGAUAACCCAUCGGAAAAAGAUAUCAACCAAGGAACUCUUGUUAUUUUUAAUUUGGAUCCAUCAGUUUCAAAUGAUGAAAUUCGUGAAAUUUUCGGGGCUUAUGGAGAAGUAAAGGAGAUAAGAGAGACGCCUAAUAAACGACACCACAGAUUUAUCGAAUUCUAUGAUGUCAGAAAUGCUGAAGCAGCUCUGCGAUCAUUGAACAAGACUCAGAUAGGUAGCAAACAAAUUAAGUUGGAACACAGUCGUCCGGGUGGAGCUCGUCGAAACUUGAUGCAGCAAUUGAGUAAUGAAUUCGAACAAGAUGAAAUGAGAACUUACAGACAUCAUGUUGGUUCGCCAGCUUUCAACUCGCCUCCAGGUACUUGGGCUCAAUUCGGCAGCCCUGCAGGUAGCAAUCUACUACGAGAACUCAGUAAGUCUCCAAGUGGUGGAGCAGUAAAUCUGAUAGGCACCAACCAUUUGUCUGGGAUAGCUUCUCCGCCUCCACCCCUGAAAUCAAACUCUCUCCCAACUGAUAGCAAUCUACCACGAGUACUCAGCAAGUCUCCAAGUGGUGUAGCAAUAAUCCCUAUAGGCACUAACCAUUUGUCUGGGUUGGCUUCUGUGCCUCCAUCCCUGAAACCGAACUCUCCUAAAAUUGCACCUAUUGGAAAAGCCACCAGGGCUAGUCAUGUCGACCAAGUUGGUAGAAUUACGAGCUCUAGUCCAUCUUAUGGUCCCUCAACUUCGAGUGCACCAGGUAUUGGAACGUUGAGUGGACCACAAUUUCUGUGGGGAAGUCAAAAUGCUUUUUCAUCAUGGAGGGGGAAUUCAUUCUUUCCCAAUAACCAUGCACAAAUACAGGGUUCUUAUCCGAUCCGUCACCAUCAUGUGGGAUCAGCUCCCUCUGUUUUUCCUCUUGAGAGCCACUUGGGGCCUUGCACCAAUUCGAAUCCUGCAAUUUCUUUAAGCAGGAUAUUUAGUGCAGCUAAUUUUAGAAUGACCCCAUCUCAGAGGUGUGGGCAGACAUACUCGGCUACUAUUCCUUAUCUUGGACCAAGUUCGAUGGCUGCCGAUGGUUUUGUUUCUCGUGGCCGGAACAACCACGUAGACAACAUUGAGAAUCAAACAGAUAUCAAGGAGAUGUGUCAACUUAACUUGGAGAAAAUUAUUAGUGGGGAAGACACUCGGACUACAUUAAUGAUUAAAAAUAUUCCAAACAAGUAUACAUCAAAGAUGCUUUUAGCAGUCAUUGAUGAAUAUCACGCGGGUACUUAUGACUUUUUCUACUUGCCUAUUGAUUUUAAGAACAAGUGUAAUGUUGGUUAUGCAUUCAUAAAUAUGGUGUCUUCUGCGCAUGUGAUCUCUUUCUGUGAGGCAUUCAAUGGGAAGAAAUGGGAGAAGUUUAAUAGUGAGAAAGUGGUCUCCCUGGCAUAUGCGAGAAUCCAGGGUAGAGCUGCACUUAUUUCGCACUUCCAGAAUUCAAGCUUGAUGAAUGAAGACAACCGCUGCCGUCCUAUUCUCUUCCAUUCUAAGGGACCAGAGGACGUUAGUCAGGAACCAUUUCCUUCGAACGGCAUAAACAUCCGCAUGCUUUACCAAGAUCCAAUCGAGAAGCCAAAAACAAGCUCCCCACUUGGAGUUAGCUUGGAUGAGAAGAAAAUAUUCACAAAACAAGAUUGGGAUAAUGCUGACUCUUCAUUAGGUAAUCAAGUGUACAAAACCGAGUAAAAGCGCUAAUGGGGUGUGCCCACUUUUGGAGCAAUGGAUGCACGGAGCACAUUGGACAACUGUGGGUGGAACAUGUGAAUAUACUAGUUCUUUUGUACAGAUAGGGAUGGACUAAUGUUCAUAUCUUCGAGUGGUGUAAACAUCAAAGGUCGAAAUUGUAUAGUCAAAUUCAGGCUGGUUUGCUGGAAAAGUGGAUUGCUAUCCAGCUAUCAGUCCUCACAGUCAUUUUCUUUUUCUUUUCCCUUUUCUUCUAGUGAAGUUUCUCCCUUUUUUGUUGAGUUUGUCUCUCAUACAAUUGUACAGGGUGUAAAUAUCAUUCAAAUCUGGUAGAUGCCUCUCGAAUUGUAUAAUAGGAACAGUAAUGGCAUCAUAUUAUUGAUAUCAACUAUGGGCCUUCUUGACUUAUUUGAAACCUAGUAUUCUGUGUUUUUUCC